GCCCCGUGUGGGAGAAACUUGUCAAAAUACACUCUACUGGGAAGAAACUUGUAGAACCGAAAACCUCGGAAACCCAGAGGAGAGCGAUUCGGGAAGUGAGACUCAGGUUUAUCCUGCAAUGGAGACACAAUCUAAACUUACAACACAGAAACUUUAUAAAAUAAUUGUCAUCGGAGAUCCUACAGUUGGGAAGACGUCAUUUGUUCAACGUUACGUUCAGAAUUCAUUCAAUAAGAAUUAUAAAGGGACAGUGGGUGUUGAUUUUGCACUGAAAAUUGUGAAAUUGUCUGAAACACAAACUGUAAGAUUACAACUCUGGGAUAUUGCUGGUCAAGAGAGAUUCACAUGGAUGACAAGAGUAUACUACAAGGAUUGUCAUGGUUGUGUCAUAAUGUUUGAUUUGACAAACAAGAACUCUUUCAUAAACACGCGUAAAUGGAAAAUAGAUGUCGACUCAAAAUGUACUCGUCCAGAUGGCAAGCCAAUUCCUUGCAUACUCCUAGCAAAUAAGUGUGACUUACCAUACCGUCAAGUUGACCAAAUGGAAAUUGAGGAUCUUUACAAGGAACACAAUUUUAUCGGCUGGACAGAAACAUCAGUGAAAGAAGGGCUUAUGGUGGAUGAUUCCAUGAAGUUCCUUGUAGAUGUUGUGAUGCAACAAGAUGGAUCACAGGAAGUCAAAUUAUUAUCAGAAAAUUUGAAGCUCACUGGACAUGGCCCAACCAGCAAAUCCUAUAUGAGAUGUUUUUGCUGAAUGCACAAAUAAACAUGUAGGCAUGCCAACUGCAAUAACAUAUGAUUUGGAAGAAGGCAGUUAUGGUCUAUUGAAGGCACUAUUCAUGCAUUCACCAGGAGAAGCUGAAAAAAACUAUAGCUUUCUUGUGGUUCUAGAAGUUUGUAGCUUAGAAAUGUUAUGUUCGAUUUUCUUUGUUUAAAGAUUCACUUAACUACACAGAACUUGCCACAUGAAUGGUCUGAUCAUGAAUUAAUGGCCAAUAGUCAACUUAAAACUAGUGUUGAAUAAAAAAAAUCUUUGUUUAUUGUUCAUAAA